UCCGGGUGUUACACCUGCCGCUCCUGUCACUCCUGUCCACGUUCUUUUAGGCUCUUGUUCAUUUUGUUUCCUUUUUCUUCAUUUUGUGUUGUUGUCCUGUGGACUUUGUCCUCGUGUGUUUUACAGUACUUCACUGCUGGGUUUAACGCGAUUCGGUGUUUUCCACAAUUUUCGUCCUCGUUCCCGUUGGAUGAGAGAAUGCCGCCUGUAAACAAUGAAACAAAGGCGUCCAUUCCAGACAGAGUCAGUCAGAGAUGUUGGACCGUUUAACAUCAUUGUCGCGCAACAGGACCGGGCGCGUUCCUAAGCCCCGCCCCUUUGCACGCACCUGUACCUGCGGAGCAGCAGACGCUUUUACGUACUGGACACUGGGACAGCAGCACCAUGGGAGGUGUCUACUCCAGUGAAAGAAUAACAGGAGUUUUCUCCUAUGAGAGUUCAGAUAUCGACUGGUGUGAAGACAACUACAUACACUCAGAACAUGUGGUGGAGUACUUUAACACUGUGAGCAGCUUCACAUUCUUUAUUAUUGCUCCAGUCAUGCUCUACCUUCUGCAUCCCUAUGCUAAGGAGAGGAGUCUGUCGAUCCACAUGGUCUGGGUCAUGAUGAUAUUUGUUGGGCUCUUCUCAGCAUAUUUCCACAUGACUCUGAGCUUUGUUGGCCAGAUGUUAGAUGAGCUGUCAAUCCUGUGGGUGUUGGCGGUGGGAUAUUCUGUCUGGUUCCCUCGUAAGCUCUACCCUUCUUUUAUAAAAGACAGGACCAUGUUUUCACGGCUGGUCAUGGGGAUCACCGUCGUCACCUCGGUCUCAUCGUUCGUCAAACCGACCGCCAACGCCUACGCCUUGAACUGCUUUGGCCUCCAUCUGCUCUACGUGUUGGCGCUGGAGAUGAAAAGCUGCAGCGACCAGAAGGCCGUGCGUCUGGCCAAGCUGUCGGUGGGGCUGUGGACGCUCGCCAUCACCUGCUGGAUCAGCGACCGCUUUGGCUGCAGCUUGUGGCAGAGGCUCAACUUCUGCUACCUGCACGGCAUUUGGCAUAUUCUCAUUGUGAUGGCUGUGGCCUAUGGCAGCACGCUGAUAGCUUACCUAGACGCCAACAAUGAGAUCCCGUACUCGCUGCCUGGACUCCAGUACUGGCCGUGUGAUAAAUGGGCUCUUGGAUUUCCUCACCUUGUCCUGAAGGGAACAACCAAAACACGGAAACAGUGCUGACGCCGUUAAAGUCUUUGUUGGUAAAUUUAUUACUGCAGUAUUUCUGUUAUGAUGAGCCACCAAUUGAACCUCAUCUGUGUGAUCCCAAGUUAAAUACUUAGUGCAAAACUUACAAUAUAUUUUAAUUAUGUUGUCAAUGAUGCUAUUUAUACUAAUUAUUAUAUAUAAUUUCCAUUUCAAUGUUGAAAUACUUUAUGAGGUUUGUUUUCUUUGCCAUUUUUCAGGUUUAAAGCUGAUGUCUUAAAUGUUUGUUAAUCAUGAAAGAUGUCAUAAACUGUCUGUAGGCAAUGUAGAAAACUAUAUAUGGCAGGACAAUGUCAUGUAUUUAAUUAAUGUCCAGCUUUUAACUAAUUAUUUCAUAAUUUAAUUUGUCAUUACUGUUUGAUAUAUUAUUAGAGUGAAAUGUGUGAACUUUUCUAACAGUCUGAGACUGGUUACUAUUAGCUGUAAGUUAUGAACUUAUUUUAAAUUAUUACUAUCAUCAAAAUUAUAAUUAUCUGUUCACUGGGGAUUAAAAGUGCCACAAUUUGACCUGAUGUUACACUGACCUUGUAACAUGUCAUAACACAUGUUAAUGGUUCAUAUAUCUGGUCAGAUUGUGGCGUUAUUCAUUUGUAUGACUGACCAUUUAAAAUCCAAUUUAAUUUAUUUAUCAUUAAUUGAUGACUACUGACUACUGACUGGGGAUGAAAUGAAUAUUGUUUUAUUGACGAGUCAUUCAACGCAUUUAUUAUCCGUUAUAAUAAAGUAUCAUUAUGUGGGAAUACUG